UACUCCGCAUCUCAUUUGCGGCGGGGCCAAUUUCUCCAUUUACAAACUCCAGCUCGAGGGAAAAAAUUGCAAGAAUUCGCGUUUCUUUUUGCAUCUUUUCGCCACAAUUUCUCACGCGUCUUUUUGCGGUUGCGUCGGUUGCGCGUGGACUCGUGUCGGGCUUGGCUUGGAGAACAAGGUGUGUGCGUCUGACUUGGUGUUUUUGGGGAAGGGAAGCUUGCGGUCUUUGUUCAUUCAUUUGAUCGGUCGGUUGGGGUUCCUUUGUUGGACCAAAAAGCAUGGGAGCACAAAUCUCCAAAACCGCUGGAAAAGAAGAAGCUGCGGUGGAGAAGCCGGCGGAAGGCGCGGCUGUUGCAGCCAAAUCUAACGGACAGGAGAAUGGACAUGCCAAGACCAAUGGAGAUGCCUCUCCAGCUGCAGAGGAGCCCAAAGCUGAGGUCCAGGCCAACGGCAGCACACCCACUGAGGAGGCCCCGAAAGAAGGAGCCGAGAAGGCAGAGGGCGCCGAAGUCAAUGGAGAGAAGGACGCCGCUACGAACGGAGAGGCUUCUGCCAAACCUGAGGAGGGCGCAUCCACCAGCGAGGACGGCAAACAGAAGAAGAAGCGCUUCUCCUUCAAGAAACCCUCCUUCAAGCUGAGCGGCUUCUCCUUUAAGAAGACCAAGAAGGAGUCUGAGGAGGGGGCGGCAGAGGAAGGAGCAGCAGCAGCUGAAGGAGAGAAGGCGGCUUCAGAGGAGGCAGCUUCUGAGGAGGCCAAGCCGGCCGAGGAGGCGGCGGCUGAGGAGGGCGCCACCAAGGAGGCUGCAGCCGAAGAGCCAAAGGCCGAGAAGAAGGAGGAGGAAGAGGUGAAGACAGAAGCAGCGGCGGCACCUGCAGCAGCCGAGGAGGAGAAACCAGCUGAAGCUUCACCUGCUGAACCGGAGACGGCAGCUAGUCCAGAGGCCACCACCGAGUAAUCCUGCUGAACGAAGAGACGCCGGAAUGAAGGAAAAGCGAUGGAGCCCGUCUUGAAGGAAGGAAUGCGAGGACUUGUCUAAAACCAGGGAUUUUUUUGUUUAUUUUUUGUUGGUGUUUGUUUACUAUCUCUGCAACCAUCUCAUCCAUACUGACUGCAGUGUCCUGGGCAGUGAGGCGUACUGGAGUGUGUGCUGCUUCCUCACUGCUCAUCGGUGCUUGCAUUUGUGACGUGGGUGAGUGUGUGAGUGAAAGUACGAAUGCGUGUGUGGAUGUUUUUCUACAUGAAACCAUGACUGUGUUGACAUGAAUUUGACAUAUUUAAUCAAAGUAUUCGGUGCUGGGCAAUUGGAUGUAGCAGCAAAAAGCUGUGUCUGCAACAUUUUGACACAUUGUGAUAUUUAAAGGGAACGUCUUAAAUGUUGUCUUUGCAGUGCACAGCUGUUUACAACUUAAAGCUCAAUACUCCUGUGGAUACACAACCAUUGAACAAACUAGAUUUAGACAAAAACAAAUAGGUGCUCAUCACUUUCCAUUAGACUCCACCAUUUCAAACCUCUGUAGUAAUGCACGUUGUAUAGACUUUGAUAUUACUGGUUUUAUGACUGAGAUGUACCUAAAUGACUGAAGUUUUUAACAGAUUACCCAUUGUAAAUGAAGUUUUCUUGUUUUUCACCAUUUGUAAGAUUGAAUAAAAUUGGGAGAUGUUUUAAGCAAA